AUGGCGGCCAAGACACACAUUAAGAUCGUGAAGAAGCGCACCAAGCGCUUCUUCCGCCACCAGUCCGACACCUUCAAGUGUGUGCCUGCAGCAUGGCGCAAGCCCAAGGGUAUCGACAACUGUGUCCGCCGUCGCUUCAAGGGCACCAUUGCCAUGCCAUCCAUUGGUUAUGGUAGCAACAAGAAGACCCGCCACAUGAUGCCCUCCGGCCACAAGGCUUUCCUUGUCCACAACCCCAAGGACGUUGAGCUCCUGCUCAUGCACAACCGCACCUACGCCGCCGAGAUCGCCAGCGCCGUUUCGUCCCGCAAGCGUGUCGACAUCCUCGCAAAGGCCAAGGCUCUCGGUGUCAAGGUCACCAACGCCAAGGGCCGUGUCACCACUGAGUCAUAA